AUGAAAAAAGAGAGAAAAGGGGAUGGUAGACGUACCGAUGAUUCACCGCAAACGAUGAAAAAAGAGAGAAAAGGGGAUGGUAAACGUACCGAUGACUCACCGCAAACGAUGAAAAAAGAGAGAAAAGGGGAUGGUAGACGUACCGAUGACUCACCGCAAACGAUGAAAAAAGAGAGAAAAGGGGAUGGUAGACGUACCGAUGACUCACCGCAAACGAUGAAAGAAGAGAGAAAAGGGGAUGGUAGACGUACCGAUGACUCACCGCAAACGAUGAAAAAAGAGAGAAAAGGGGAUGGUAGACGUACCGAUGAUUCACCGCAAACGAUGAAAAAAGAGAGAAAAGGGGAUGGUAAACGUACCGAUGACUCACCGCAAACGAUGAAAAAAGAGAGAAAAGGGGAUGGUAGACGUACCGAUGACUCACCGCAAACGAUGAAAAAAGAGAGAAAAGGGGAUGGUAGACGUACCGAUGACUCACCGCAAACGAUGAAAGAAGAGAGAAAAGGGGAUGGUAGACGUACCGAUGACUCACCGCAAACGAUGAAAAAAGAGAGAAAAGGGGAUGGUAGACGUACCGAUGACUCACCGCAAACGAUGAAAAAAGAGAGAAAAGGGGAUGGUAGACGUACCGAUGACUCACCGCAAACGAUGAAAAAAGAGAGAAAAGGGGAUGGUAGACGUACCGAUGACUCACCGCAAACGAUGAAAAAAGAGAGAAAAGGGGAUGGUAAACCCGGGAUACCUCCAAUUGUGAUAUAA